GUACUACUUCUACUAGUUGGCGGGUGCUCAGACCAGCUGGUGUGCUUUGAAUUGAUGAUGUUUGAGGGGUCGACCGAAGUGGGCUGAUGGUGUUUUUUGUUGCUAGUUAGUGGACAUGUAUGAAUAUUAUCUGAUGGUGUUGGCGCUGAUGCCGAAGAGAUUUGGUGUGGCUAAAUGGUGCGUGGGACUGGUGCGAGCAUCCGGCCAUAUUUUGGUGUUUUAUGUUCCAGGUGCAACUUGCUGUUGUGCGCUCAUUGAAGGCCCUUGGCUCGAUAUUGUGGUGCUCAUAUCCAUACUGGUACUGGUGCUGACAGGAAUGUUCAAUCGGCUGCUGACAAAUCGCUAUUUUGAAUUUGCUGCUAACAAAGAUGCAGUAUUGAAUCUGCUGCUGACAAUAAUGCGGGUGCGGAACUUAAUCCUACUCGCUCUCGGUGAGGUUUCAUUGGUCUCUACUGGCGCGAUUAUUUUCAAUUUAUUGGGACUAUUGGCGCGACUAGCUAGUGUUUCAUGAUGUCAUUAGGCGGGGCCGGGUGCAACUAGUUGGCGCGACCACUAGGUGCUAUACUUCGGUCCUCAAGGGAGACCUUGAAACUCGUUGUAUUUCCCAAAGUAGUAGGUCGAGGACAAUCCU